CACAGUCCUCUUUACCCUAGCAGAAGACAGAGUACAUGCAGGAGCAAGGCACACCUGGCGUGGAGGCAGAAGAAAAAGAGUUAAGAGGGACACGGCGAGGGGAGGGAGAGGGCAGAAACAAGAAGCAACCAGAGACAGAGAUAACAGCGAGGGCAGAAAGGUGAAAGAGGACAGGGACAGAAGGACAACAGAGAAGGCCAAGACUGAAAGGAGCCCAGAAUCUUCUGGCGGCACAGAAAACAGGCACAAGGGCCGGUACUGCAGCCGGGACUUCAGCUUCUUGUCAACUCCCAAGAUAAGAGGUCAAGGAAUCUGUUGUCAAUCACACUGACCAGAAGUGGCAAGGCAAUAAUCGGAGCCCAAGCUAUGUGACAUCAAGGCUAAUACUCUUUUAGUUUAUUGACUUAUAGUUGAAUUACAAUCAACUGAACAUAUGUAAUGUGCAAAAUAUGUCAGGGACACACCCGUGAAGACAUCGCCACAAUCGAGGACUGAAGCCCUUGCUCUCAACCAGCUUCGACUUGUAGUAUCAAGCCCAUCCUUCUACUGGAAGAGCAGUCAGAUAUUUGAAGAGACCCACUUGUGCUUUUGAAAUGUCCUGUUCCUUAAGCCUGGCUACAGGAAAGGUGAUGAAUGCACCCUGGACAAAGCUGUGUGCCUCUCCUUCUGAUGGCUCCCCUGCUUCAAAUUCUUGUUCUGGGAGUGGCCCCACUCCCAGGCCAGGCUUCAGCAUCUCCACCUGCUAAGACCUUCCUUCCCUGUCUGUUUUCAAGGCCCUUCUCAAAUGCUUCCUCCACACAGAGGUUUCCUAGCCAAAUAAAGGCAACAUUCCUUGCAGAACACUUUGUAUAUAGCACAUGAACCUGUAUAUAUACUGGAAGAUCACUGCUCAUAAGUCACGCUGCCAUUGGGGCACUGGGAUGUUUUACUAUUAGAACUCCUGGAGGAACGUGAGGAAACUGUCACUAUUUCACAGUCGUCGGUUCUACUGGGCCAUGUUGUUGGAGAUGAUUUCCUACAGAUUUCCCUGGGUUUCACAAAAAUGUUUCGUGUUCUUAGGGACUUCUUUUGCUAUUCAAGUUUGGCUUCAAUAUUGUUAUUGCAUGAGUAGAUUUGUUGAGUGACAUAAGUUUGGGCGAAGGCUUUCCUUGAACUCUUAAUCAUUUGCACACUCAUCCUCACCCACGGUGGUGCCCGAGUUGCCAAGUGUAUUGAGGAUCCCAGCCAGGGGCACCAGUGCAAGGAUUACCAAUUAUGGACAAGAGAAUGAAACCCUCUUCUCUUACCUGCACUCUGGCAUCAGGAUGCUUAUCACCACUUUACAUACUAACACUCAACCCCCAUCAGUUGGUGCAAACUUUGAAAUCUCACUGUAAUCAUCUCUCUCCUACAUAUUUGAACGACUGCCUGCUGGAGCUCUAACGGGUUCACUUACCUUUCUGUGAGAGAGAGGCGGAGAGAGAGGAAGAGAGAGAGAAUCUCAAGCAGGAUCCACAGCUGAUAACACGCAGAGCCUGAUGUGAGGCUCAAUCUCAUGAACCAUAAGAUAUGACCUGAGCCGAAGUCAAGAGUCUGACUCUUAGGCGAUUGAGCCACCCAGGCACCCCUAGUCGUGGUCUUGUUAGGGCUACUAGGGUCAAGUUGGGGAUAUUAGUGCCAAGAGUUGUAGCUUGAAGGAGUGAGUGGACACGGUGAAGGUAAAAAUAACUCUACUUUAUUGAACACAUACUUCUUCCCUUGUACUGUUCUUCACACAACAGUUUUAGGAAGUUCUAGUUCAGGUAAGUUCUAUUAUCAUCACCUUUAUGUGAGGAAAUAAAGGUUUUCUAAAGCUUAUGACAUGUAUUAUCCUAAAAUGGCAGAACUAGGCCAUCUUGGUUCACAGCCCAAAUUGAAACCCAGGCUCUUCAAGUUCAGGGCACAUACCUUUAACCACUAUGUACUACUACCUGCUGUUAUAUUGGACCUUUAGUUUAAUGACACCAACAGCACUUGAUUAGAGCUGUACAAUAUGCUCUCCCAAGUCCUCAUUCAAUGCCUCAAAUUACUGGAUGAGAAGAGGCAGCUCCUGUAGGUUAAAUAAUCACACGGCUGACAGAGCAUGGACCAGCAGCUGGGAUCCAGGUUUCUCUCCAGAGCCACAGUGGCUGUGUGUUCGUUCCCCUACACCAUGUUGAGGCUUCUGACAGCUCUCUCAGACUUCUGGUCCAGCUUUCAUAGUAACAAACCACCUUCUAUCAUAUUUAUUUGUACGUUUGAAUCCUGACGUCAGUCUGAGGGUAGCAGAUAUCACUUGAUUUAUAUGGGCAGUCCCUGUGCUCAGAUUAUGUAUAUUGAAUGAAGGUGUGGAUAAAUUAAAAAAUUAGUCUUGCCACAUAGUCAUGUGAAUAUUUUAUUUCUAGACUUCCUCAAGAGUUUAACCACCAGUAUCUUCGUGAGAGGAGACCACAUACAAUAGUUUGCUUAUACCUUUGUUCUUUCUCUAUGGUUUUCCCAAAAGUAAACUCAAUUCCACAUACACAUUGAGUAGAACAUUUUUGCAUGCACAAAGAAAUGUGAUUACAAAUAACUUUGGAAGAGGAUUAGUCGUAAUUUGUGCCUUUUGUAAGCAAAAUGAAUGAGGAUACUAUUAAAAGCUGGUGGAUUGGGGCUUUCAGUAAUCAAAUAAAAUCUGCAGCUCUGUCAGCCACCCCUCCCCACCCCCCCACCCCAAUUCCUUAGCCUCUGUGAAUAAAGCAGUGACCUGGGAGUUCUUGAGCCCGCUCCCCCACUCCUCGGAAAGGUCUUGCCAACUCGGCAUUGUCCUGUUGGAUUUGCAGUCAGAUGUCUUAUGCUGGCAGGCACUGGGCAGGCAAUGAGUUCUUUCCCUGUAAAUUGGGCACAAAAAGACCGGCAUGGGAGCAGCCUCUUUGGGGACAGCUGCUCUGAGACAAUGCUGUAAGCAAGGCAGAAAUUCCUCCGAGCAGAGGGCGACUGGUGGGAGGAGUUCAGUUUGCUAAGUAUUGUCAUUUGCCGAGAGUAGGUGUGUGCACAAGAAGGAGUCUUAACCUGGAGAAUCAUUAACUCUUUCAGUCAGCUGGCUAGCUGCGGUGGCUCGGCAGGUUGGUCUCGGAGGCUCCUGCUCAGGAAGGCCAGGGAGGAGUGGAAUCACUUUUUCAUGGGGGACCACUUUGAGAAGGGCCAGCACGCUCUGCUCAAUGAAGGAGAAGAGAAUGAAAUGGAGCUAUUUGGCUACCGGACUCAAGGCUGCCGGAAAACCCUCUGUCUUGCUGGAUCCAUCUUCUCAUUUGGGAUCCUCCCCUUGGUGUUUUACUGGAGACCUGCUUGGCACGUGUGGGCAAACUGCGUCCCGUGUUCCUUGCAAGAGGCAGAUGUCGUGUUGCUGAGGACAACAGAUGAAUUCCACACUUACUCAUGGAAAAAGGUAAUGUGGAUCUACUUGUCAUCAUUAAACAGCACGUUUGAUGUCACUCCUGACCACCCUCUCAUUACAGAUGAGGAGGACAUCAUAAAUAGAGCCAUCAGAAAGCCAGACCUAAAGGUGAGAUGUAUAAAAGUGCAGAAAAUAAGAUAUGUUUGGAACAACUUAGAAGGACAGUUCCAGAAAAUUGGUUCUUUGGAAGACUGGCUCAGUUCUGCCAAGAUACAUCUGAAAUUUGGAUCAGGUCUAACAAGAGAAGAACAAGAGAUUAGGAGGUUAAUAUGUGGGCCUAAUACUAUUGAUGUUGAAAUCACACCAAUUUGGAAACUACUCAUCAAAGAGGUUUUAAAUCCAUUUUACAUAUUUCAACUCUUCAGUGUCUGUUUGUGGUUUAGUGAAGACUAUAAGGAAUAUGCUUUUGCCAUCAUAAUCAUGUCCAUCAUGUCCAUAGCAUUGACGGUAUAUGACCUCAGAGAGCAAUCUGUAAAGCUCCACCACCUAGUUGAGUCACAUAAUAGCAUUACAGUCUCCGUAUGUGGGAGAAGAGCUGGAGUCCAAGAGCUGGAAUCACGCUUCCUGGUACCCGGAGAUCUAUUAAUUUUGACGGGAAACAAAGUGCAAAUGCCAUGCGAUGCCAUCCUGAUUGAUGGCAGCUGUGUGGUAGAUGAAGGCAUGCUGACAGGAGAAAGUAUUCCAGUCACUAAAACUCCAUUGCCCAAGAUGGAGAGCUCCAUGCCCUGGAAAACGCAGAGUGAAGCCGAUUAUAAAAGGCAUGUCCUUUUCUGUGGGACAGAGGUUAUCCAAGCCAAGGGAGCGUGCUCCGGGACCGUGAGGGCGGUGGUGCUACAGACUGGAUUCAACACUGCAAAAGGGGACCUCGUGAGAUCCAUUCUGUACCCGAAGCCAAUGAAUUUUAAGCUUUACAGGGAUGCCAUCAGGUUCCUCCUGUGCCUUGUAGGGACAGCAACCAUAGGGAUGAUCUAUACUUUGUGCGUCUAUGUGCUCAGCGGGGAGCCUCCAGAGGAGGUGGUGAAGAAAGCCCUUGAUGUCAUCACAAUUGCGGUCCCUCCUGCUCUACCUGCUGCUCUGACCACAGGCAUUAUCUAUGCCCAGAAGAGGCUGAAGAAGAGAGGCAUCUUUUGCAUCAGCCCCCAGAGGAUCAAUGUAUGUGGACAAUUAAACCUUGUCUGCUUUGACAAGACAGGCACCUUAACAAGGGAUGGUUUGGAUCUCUGGGGAGCCGUGCCCUGCGAUAGGAGUGGGUUCCAGGAAGUCCACAGCUUUGUGUCCGGCAGGUCUUUGCCAUGGGGCCCGCUGUGUGCGGCCAUGGCCAGCUGCCACUCUCUGAUUCUUCUUGAUGGGACCAUCCAGGGAGAUCCUCUGGAUCUCAAGAUGUUUGAAGCCACCACCUGGGAGAUGGCGGUUUCUGGGGACGAUUUCCACAUCAAGGGAGUGCCAGCACAUGCCAUGGUGGUUAAGCCCUGCAAAACAGCCAGCCAGGUCCCGGUGGAAGGAAUUGCAAUCCUGCAUCUGUUCCCAUUCUCAUCAGCACUGCAGAGGAUGACAGUCAUUGUCCAAGAGAUGGGGGGUGACCGGCUGGCAUUCAUGAAAGGUGCACCGGAAAGGGUGGCCAGCUUUUGCCAACCUGAGACAGUACCAACUAGUUUUGUUAGUGAACUUCAGAUUUACACGACACAGGGCUUCCGGGUCAUAGCACUGGCCUACAAGAAGCUAGAAAUGGAUCAUCAUACCACUGCCUUCACCAGGGACAAAGUAGAAUCAGACCUGAUAUUUCUGGGAUUGCUCAUCUUGGAGAAUCGGUUGAAGAAGAAACAAAACCAGUUCUGGAAGAGCUCCUCUUGCCCGGAUAAGGACUGUAAUGAUCACAGCUUUGACUGGCAGAGGAUGAACCCGUACAUCGCGUCCACAUAUUCCCCAAAGACUCACAACACAUAUGCGUUCGAAGAACUCCUAUCCAUUAUCUACAUACUGUUCCUACUGAGCUUUAAUGAUCAAUUAGCAUUCAAUAUCAAGGAAGAAGUCUCUGAUCAUGGCAGAGAGGGAAGUUACCAUUUUGCCUUAAGUGGCACCAUCCUUUCAGAACUAAAUACAAAUUUAUGCUCAUCAAAAACUACUUUGAGUGAACAGAGCAUGCUGGGAAAUUUCUUUCUAUCAAAGAACACAUACUUCUUACUGCUGGUGAACAGCACAGCAAGUUGGAUGACUUUUCAGCAAUCUGUAAAGCUCCACCACCUAGUUGAGUCACAUAAUAGCAUUACAGUCUCCGUAUGUGGGAGAAGAGCUGGAGUCCAAGAGCUGGAAUCACGCUUCCUGGUACCCGGAGAUCUAUUAAUUUUGACGGGAAACAAAGUGCAAAUGCCAUGCGAUGCCAUCCUGAUUGAUGGCAGCUGUGUGGUAGAUGAAGGCAUGCUGACAGGAGAAAGUAUUCCAGUCACUAAAACUCCAUUGCCCAAGAUGGAGAGCUCCAUGCCCUGGAAAACGCAGAGUGAAGCCGAUUAUAAAAGGCAUGUCCUUUUCUGUGGGACAGAGGUUAUCCAAGCCAAGGGAGCGUGCUCCGGGACCGUGAGGGCGGUGGUGCUACAGACUGGAUUCAACACUGCAAAAGGGGACCUCGUGAGAUCCAUUCUGUACCCGAAGCCAAUGAAUUUUAAGCUUUACAGGGAUGCCAUCAGGUUCCUCCUGUGCCUUGUAGGGACAGCAACCAUAGGGAUGAUCUAUACUUUGUGCGUCUAUGUGCUCAGCGGGGAGCCUCCAGAGGAGGUGGUGAAGAAAGCCCUUGAUGUCAUCACAAUUGCGGUCCCUCCUGCUCUACCUGCUGCUCUGACCACAGGCAUUAUCUAUGCCCAGAAGAGGCUGAAGAAGAGAGGCAUCUUUUGCAUCAGCCCCCAGAGGAUCAAUGUAUGUGGACAAUUAAACCUUGUCUGCUUUGACAAGACAGGCACCUUAACAAGGGAUGGUUUGGAUCUCUGGGGAGCCGUGCCCUGCGAUAGGAGUGGGUUCCAGGAAGUCCACAGCUUUGUGUCCGGCAGGUCUUUGCCAUGGGGCCCGCUGUGUGCGGCCAUGGCCAGCUGCCACUCUCUGAUUCUUCUUGAUGGGACCAUCCAGGGAGAUCCUCUGGAUCUCAAGAUGUUUGAAGCCACCACCUGGGAGAUGGCGGUUUCUGGGGACGAUUUCCACAUCAAGGGAGUGCCAGCACAUGCCAUGGUGGUUAAGCCCUGCAAAACAGCCAGCCAGGUCCCGGUGGAAGGAAUUGCAAUCCUGCAUCUGUUCCCAUUCUCAUCAGCACUGCAGAGGAUGACAGUCAUUGUCCAAGAGAUGGGGGGUGACCGGCUGGCAUUCAUGAAAGGUGCACCGGAAAGGGUGGCCAGCUUUUGCCAACCUGAGACAGUACCAACUAGUUUUGUUAGUGAACUUCAGAUUUACACGACACAGGGCUUCCGGGUCAUAGCACUGGCCUACAAGAAGCUAGAAAUGGAUCAUCAUACCACUGCCUUCACCAGGGACAAAGUAGAAUCAGACCUGAUAUUUCUGGGAUUGCUCAUCUUGGAGAAUCGGUUGAAAGAAGAAACAAAACCAGUUCUGGAAGAGCUCAUCUCUGCCCGGAUAAGGACUGUAAUGAUCACAGGUGACAAUCUUCAGACCGCAAUAACAGUGGCCAGAAAGUCUGGAAUGGUUUCUGAAAGCCAACAAGUCAUUCUGAUUGAAGCGAAUGAAAUCACUGGGUCCUCAUCAGCAUCUAUAUCUUGGAAAUUAGUAGAAGAGAAGUCCAUUGCAUACAGCAAUCGGGAUAAUUACAUUAAUAUCAAGGAAGAAGUCUCUGAUCAUGGCAGAGAGGGAAGUUACCAUUUUGCCUUAAGUGGAAAAUCCUUUCAGGUUAUAAGUCAACAUUUCAGUAGCCUACUCCCAAAGAUACUGAUAAAUGGAACAAUCUUUGCAAGAAUGUCUCCUGGGCAGAAAUCCAGUCUGGUGGAAGAAUUUCAGAAACUGGAUUACUUUGUAGGUAUGUGCGGUGAUGGAGCCAAUGACUGCGGGGCUUUGAAAAUGGCUCACGUGGGCAUCUCUUUAUCAGAACAGGAGGCAUCUGUGGCCUCACCUUUCACUUCUAAAACUCCAAACAUUGAGUGUGUACCUCACCUUAUCAAGGAAGGACGUGCCGCUCUCGUUACCUCAUUUUGCAUGUUCAAGUACAUGGCACUGUACAGCAUGAUCCAGUAUGUUGGUGUUCUGCUGCUCUACUGGGAGACAAACAGCCUUUCAAAUUACCAGUUUCUGUUCCAGGAUCUGGCCAUCACAACUCUUAUUGGUGUAACAAUGAAUUUGAAUGGUGCCUACCCCAAGCUGGUGCCCUUCAGGCCUGCAGGACGGCUGAUCUCCCCACCUCUGCUGCUCUCUGUGAUUCUCAACAUUCUUCUCAGCUUAGCCAUGCACAUUGUGGGCUUCAUUCUGGUUCAGAGGCAGCCUUGGUAUUCCAUGGAGAUGCACAGUGCCUGCACAGUGCAAAAUGAAAGCAUCUCAAAGUUAACCAUUUCUCCCACUGCUCCAGAAAAAAUUGGAAGUAAUGGUGCCUUCACAAGCUUCGAAAAUACUACCAUAUGGUUCUUGGGAACAAUCAACUGUAUCAUCGUGGCUCUUAUUUUCUCUAAAGGAAAACCAUUUAGGCAGCCCAUAUAUAAAAAUUAUAUAUUUGUCCUUGUGCUGGUCAUACAGCUGGGUGUGUGUCUAUUCAUUCUAUUUGCUGAUAUUCCAGAAUUAUACAGGCGUUUGGAUCUUCUCUGCACGCCUCUUCUGUGGAGGGUUUACAUCAUCAUUAUGCUCAGCUCCAACUUCAUUGUGUCCCUUGUGGUGGAGGAGGCCAUUAUUGAAAACCGAGCCCUGUGGACAACAUUCAAAAGGUGUUUUGGCUAUCAAUCAAAAAGCCAGUAUCGGAUAUGGCAGAGGGCCUUGGCAGAUGACCCCAGCUGGCCCCCGCUAAACCAGACGUCCUACUCUGACAUGCCAGAGUGUGGCAGGGGGGUGUCUUACAGCAAUCCGGUGUUUGAGAGCAAUGAGGAACAACUCUGAAGCCAAAGUGAUCUCUAAGGUGAUAAAGCAUAGAAACAAUGACAAAAGGGACCAGUUUCAGUAAUUUUCAAACAAUGGGACUCUUACAAAAUCAGCUGGAGUUUUUGGAAUAAAAAAACCCAUCCAAUCACGAUCGCAAAUUCAAGUUUACCUGAUAAAAUACUUUCUACAGAGCAGAACACUGCCCCCAGAAGAGUGCCUUCCUCUUGAUUCUGAAAGUAUUGAUGGUGUUGGUGAAUCAAGAGUGAGCCAACGAUGGCAAUCAGCCCAGAGACUGGGAGGCUAAAGGACAAGGAGAAUAUAUAAUCUCUUUUCUUAGGUAACAUUUUUUAAAUGAAUUGAGAGAAAGUAGCACUAUGUGUAGCCAUAGAAAUGAAACAUGUGAAGGAUCACCUUUGAAUUCUUAUUUUAUUGAUGGAAAAACAAGUGCAUGAGAGCCAUUAUACCAGUCCUCACUGUCUGGUUUCCUUUCCUGCAUAGUACUUUCAGAGUUGAGACAUUUUCUUCUGCUUCUGGCCUUCUCCUACAUAUUUGGAAGGAUGGGCUAAGCUCAUGCUUCAGUAACAAACAAGUGCCUUGUCUCAGUGGCUUAACGCACAAGAGCUUCUUUCGUGGUCCAGGUGACUCUGUAGACUAGCUCUCCUCAGUGGUGACUGCUUCAAUCUGUUGGCUCCACCGGCUGAAAACAAGUACUCCACGUUCACUAUGCUGGGAAAGGAAGAGACUGGAGAAGGCACAAAGGCUUUUCACUGCCUCACCCAAAAAGUGGAACGCCUCUCUUCCACUACUCACAUCUCAUUAAUCAAGGGUUUGGCAAAGGAACUGGGAAGUACAGUCUCCUGUGUUUAGGGCUGGUUUCAUGGGCACAUGACCUGUGCAGUCACCUGGGGCCCCAUGCUUAGAAGGGCCCCACAUUUGGUUUAAUGCUUUGCUGCUGCCAUCUCGAAAUUCUUAAUUUUUGAUGCUCUUUGAUACAUGCUACUUUAGUUUCUCUCCCAGGAACCCGAGCUGGACCAACUACAUAAUUUGUGGGGCUGAGUACAAAAUGGAAAUUAUUUUUGAGAAAAAUUAGUCUUGUACCACAACA